AUGUCCCAACCACAACCCAUGGAUGGCACCGCCACCUUUAACCAGAUGGCGGCCGACUACGACGCCCUGAUCGGUGGCGCGACACGCGCCCUCUGCCAGCACGUCCUCACGCUGAUGAACGCCAUCAAGCCCAUUGACACGUCCUCCGUCGUCCUGGACAAUGCGUGUGGCACAUGCGUCGUCACGGCCGAGAUCCUCUCCGAGACACCCGACGUCCGCCUCCACGCAGUCGACGUGGCGCCCAACAUGGUGCAGCUGGCCAAGGCCAAGUUUGGCGACCGCGACAAUGUGCGCCUGGCCGUCAUGCCGGGCGAGCAGCUCGACUUUCCAGACGACACGUUCACGCACUCGGUGACCAACCUGGGCAUCCUCUUCUUCGAGGCCCCCGACAAGGGGGCGCGCGAAAUCUACCGCACGCUCCAGCCGGGAGGCGUCGCGGCCGUCACGUCCUGGGCGCGCCUGGGCAACUUUGAGGACGCCAUCAACCCUGCGCAGCGGGCGGCGCGCCCCAACGAGCCGGUGCUGCACAAGCUGCCCAUUAAGCCCGAGUGGUUCGAUGCGGAGCACGCGGGCAGGGUGAUGCGCGAGGCUGGGUUCCAGGACGUGCGGGUGUCCACGAAGCAGGUCCGGUACGGCGCCGCGACGAGGGAGUCGCUGGUCAGUGUCAUUGUGCGCUCGGGUCGGCAGACGUUCCUCAAGGACUACACGGAGGAGGAGUUGAAAGUGUACGAGGCGGCGCUGGACCAGGCCAUGGAGACAAAGGGCGCGCGCUACACGAUGCCUGACGGCAAUCAGGGCUGGGGGGUGACAAUGGACGGCAUUGUCGUUGUGUGCUGCAAGUAG